AUUAUCCUUAUUCUUCUUUUCCAAUUAAACCUGGAUAUAAUUCCCGUCUGAACCAGAACUUUGUAGCACAGUCAACUAAACCCUUAUUCUUAGUUGAUCGUCAGCAGUUAUUUUUUUCUUCAUAGCAAGUGUUUGUGUCUGCUGUGAGCAUAGUAAUGGCGACUGAACCAAAGACAGUGUCUGAAGAUGCUAAGAUCGAUCUGUUCGAAGAUGACGAUGAGUUUGAAGAGUUUGAAAUUAACGAGGAGUGGGAUGAUAAGGAAGAAGGGAAUGAUAUAACACAGCAGUGGGAAGAUGAUUGGGAUGAUGAUGAUGUCAAUGAUGAUUUCUCUCAACAGCUAAGGAAGGAACUGGAGAACAACACCGAGAAGAACUGAGCCGAUUUUAGUAACUUCUGUUGUUUCAACUCGAGAUGAAGCUUUUUAUUUUUCAUAUGGUUGUCUGCAAAACGUGUAUGACCUUUUAAUUCAUUGAAAUUUAGAAGCUUAGUGCAAACUGUUAGUGUGGAACAAAAUGUUAUGAUUUUGUGAAGUCAUUUCUAAACCUUGUUAGAUUUAUAUGCACUUUGAUUUUGGGUGG